AUGGACCUGUACCCUUAUAGUCACCGCUACUCUAUGCCGGGAUCUCGAUCCAAGAACGGCAUUCACGAGUCUGGCCUCGACGGCACCAAUGUGACGCGCUUCCUCUUUGGAGACGACGAGUCAGGCUACGUGCCUCCCAUUCCUGCAGCUGACGAGCGUUUCCCCACCCUCGUUCUUCGUGACGACCAGAUGUCACACUCUAGCCACUGGAGCAGUCACAUUAACCGUCACCGAACCCAGCAGAGCCUGUCCGGUCUGAACGGACCCUCUUCAAACGUCGGCAUUGACGUUGGCGCCCUAAGCCACCGACCCGCCUCUCUUCGCCAGUCGCUCGACCUCUCGUACAUCUCUGAGAACGCACCGGACACCAUGGUCAACGACGGUCCCGUCCAGGGAAACAACAUCAUGGCGUCCCCCCCCAGGCUCCCGAGCUCAUUUUCUUCUAACGACGUGCCCACGAUCAGGAACCCCACUGGCACUGCACCUCUCGGCAGCGGUCCCAACGCCAUUACCCAUGCUCAGCAGCACUUCCAUAACCACAAUGCUAGCAUGGGUAGGAUCCCGGCUGGCGCUGUCCCCACUCGCGGUCACAGCCGAGAGCUCUCUGGUGACCACGGCACCAACGGCAAUCGCGAGCAGCAGCAGCCCUUCCAGUCUAUCCAGUCUGCCCUGCACGCUAACGCCGCGCCCUUCGGUCCCUCCGCUGCCACGUCCUCCUCCAUGGCUAACGUGCCUGUCAUGGCUGGCCAGAUCCCCUCGCCCACAAACCAGACUCCGGUCAACGCCUUCAACAGCUUUUACCCUCCUCCCAACGGCUACCCCCAACCGGCCAAUGGCAACGGAGCUCAGAGCCCCUACGGCAUAAACAUGCUCACUGCCGGCGUCCAGCAGAUGAAUGUCAACGGUGCUGCCAAUAGUACCGCUGGCUAUAAUGGACAGAACUUCACGCCGAACUACACCCCGCCUGGACCCUACAACCAGGGUAGCCAGAACCGUGACAGCCAGGCGCGCGUCAUCCAGAACCGUCGCCAGAUGGACAAUGAAGCCAUGUCUCGCUACCAGAACAUGCCUAUUGAAUCGUUCCGCGGUCAGAUCUACGAUCUCUGCAAGGACCAGCAUGGCUGCCGUUAUCUCCAGAAGAAGCUGGAGGAGCGUGACCCUGAGCAUGUCCAUCUUAUCUGGCUGGAGACGAACCAGCAUGUCAUCGAGCUGAUGACGGAUCCUUUUGGUAAUUAUCUGUGCCAGAAGCUUCUGGAGUUCUGCAGCGACGACGAGAGGACCGUCCUGAUCCAGAACGCGUCCCAGGACAUGGUCCGGAUCGCACUCAACACGCACGGCACCCGUGCUUUGCAGAAGAUGAUUGAGUACGUCAGUACUCCUCAGCAGGUUCACCUGAUAAUCGAGGCCCUCCGUUUCCGCGUCGUCGAGCUCAUCCAGGAUCUCAACGGAAAUCACGUCAUCCAGAAGUGCCUUAAUAAGUUAUCGCCUCCCGACUCUCAGUUCAUCUUCGAUGCCGUCGGCAACAACUGCGUCGAGGUUGGCACCCACCGUCACGGUUGCUGUGUUCUUCAGCGCUGCAUCGACCACGCCUCGGGCGAGCAGAAGCUCUGGCUCAUCCAGCGUAUCACGGACCACUCGCGCGUUCUCGUGCAGGACCCUUUCGGCAACUACGUCGUCCAAUACAUUAUCGACCUGAACCAGCCAACCUUUACGGAGCCCAUCGUGGCCAUGUUCCAGGGCUGCAUCAGCCAGCUCUCCCGCCACAAAUUCAGCUCCAAUGUCAUUGAGAAGUGCCUGCGCUGCUCCGAAGCCCUGUCCAAGGAUAUGAUUGUCGAAGAGAUGCUCGACCAGCAGGAGAUGGAGCGUCUCAUCCGUGACUCGUAUGCAAACUACGUCGUCCAGACCGCUCUUGACUACGCUACUCCCCAACAGAAGAACCGUCUUGUCGAGUCCAUCCGCCCCAUUCUGCCAUCGAUCCGCAACACGCCCUACGGACGCAGGAUCCAGGCCAAGAUUACCAGCUUCGACGGCCGCGGAAGCGUGGCGUCCUCUGGACAGGCAACCCCCGCCGACAACAGCCAGGGACAGGUGCCUCUCCGCCCUUCGGGCGGUCACUCUCGCGGCCUCUCUACGAGUAGCAAUGCCGUUUCCAACGGCCAGGGUUUGGACCCGGCCAUGAAGCCCUACCAAAACGGUGGAGUUGCGCCCGCAGCUACCUCAACGGCCCCUGGUACCGCACCGGUUCCGGCUCCCUUCAACCCGGGUGCCCAGAACAACGUGAAUGGGACUGCCCCUUCGGCCAGCCAACCCUCCCAGGGUACCGGAUCCCCCUGGAUGUAA